UCCCCUUUUCACCUCUCUUCGUGCCUGUCGCUUUAUAUCCGAACUAGUUCCCUUCAAGAAAAAAGUUAAAACAGAAAAAUGGGCUGUUUCAGGCCUAAGAGUUCCAAAACCUCCGCUCCUAUGCAGCCUUCUUCAACUGAACCUGUUCUUGCAUACCCGGAAAACAAGAAUCUCCAACUGGAGGUUCUUUUGCAGAUUGCAGGGUGCACGGUUCAUCUAAUGGAUGAAGGAGAAGCCUUGGAACUCGCCAAGGGUGCGUUCACACUUGUCCGGAUAUUGGACGAGGGAGUUCCUCUUGCUACCAUCGUUAAAGUUGGGGAGGAUCUCCAAUGGCCUUUGACAAAAGACGAGCCAGUAGUCAAGCUUGAUUCGUUCCACUACCUGUUUUCCUUGCCGAUGAAAGAUGGGAAUCCCCUGAGUUAUGGAGUGACCUUUUCUGGGCAGUAUGGUAGCAGCUUGGGUUCGUUGGACUCGUUUUUGAAGGAGCACUCGUGCUUUUCUGGUGCAGCUUCAACUGGGGAUAAACAUGUUGAUUGGAAGGAGUAUGCCCCCAGAAUUGAAGAUUACAACAAUUUUUUGGCAAAGGCCAUUGCUGGAGGAACCGGCCAGAUUGUUAAGGGAAUCUUCAAAUGCACCAAUGCUUAUACUACCCAGGUGCAGAAAGGAGGGGAAAUCAUUUUAACGCAAGCCCCUGCGGAGAAUAAAGGGAUCACAGCAAGUAAUGGCUACAGAAGCAGCGGGGCCACAAGGAAGAGUGGAGCCAACAAAAGCCUAAAACGUGUGAGAAAGCUGUCCAAAAUGACUGAAAAGAUGAGCAAAGCAAUGCUUGACAUGGUUGGCGUCGCUAGCGGAACAGUGAUGGCACCCUUGGUUAACUCCAAACCUGGGAAAGCUCUCCUAUCCAUGGUUCCAGGAGAAGUUCUUUUAGCUUCCCUUGAUGCUGUCAACAAGGUUCUAGAUGCAGCUGAAGUUGCUGAAAAGCAAGCCUUUUCUGCAACCUCCACUGCAGCAACCAGAAUGAUGACUGAGAGGUUCGGUGAAAGAGCAGGGGAGGCCACUGAAGAUGUGCUAGCAACCGCAGGGCAUUGUGCUAGCGCUGCUUGGAAUAUCUUCAAGAUAAGGAAGGCAAUCACUCCUUCAUCGACUGCCACUUCUGGAUUAUUGAGCAAUGCGGCCAAGUAUAAAAGCAGGAAAUCUUGAUUCAAGUGAUUUUCCUGUUCCACGAACACAAAAAAAGGUUUAAAAGGCUAUAUGUUUUUUAUGUCAGCAAUGCUAGUGAUGCAUGGAUUUCACGUUGAAACUGAAUCAAAUCCUUUGAGUAUUCUAAAGCAUGUCAGACAGGAUACCAAAGCACUCUGCCAUGUAACUGUGUUUGGAAUUGUCUAUAUAUACAAAUACUGAAUCUGUCUGUAUUUCCCCACAAA